AUGUACACCGUCGCCAAAGUCGUCCUUGCUCUGGGUGCCCUUGUUGCCCCAUCCGUUGCCUUCUCCGGCGACAUGACGUACUAUGCCCCAGGCCUUGGCGCAUGCGGUAACUACAACACGGAGAGCGAAGCCGUUGUCGCCAUGUCCCCCAGCCAGGACGGAAACUGUGGAAGGACAAUCAACAUCAACUACAACGGCAAGACCGUCAGUGCCACGGUUGUGGACAAAUGCCCUGGCUGUGCUGGCGACAGCAUUGACGUGUCCCCCUCUGUCUUCGAGCAGCUUGAAAGUUUGGAUGCGGGACGCGUCCAGGUUACUUGGGAGUACGCCUAA